CCUGUGAAAGAUUUAGACUGUGUUCCCUAACUCUUGUUGAACUCUGGAGCUGGUCUUUCCUGGUUGCAUCUCCCUCCCCUUUCUGCACUGGCUGCACAAAUGUGCUUAAUUAGGGUUAACUCAAACUGAAUCAAACUUCAUGCCUGAGGUUGGAAAUCUUCCCAGUCAACUCACCACAGCCUCAUAGCAUGGUGGGAGACAAGGCGAGAGGGGAGAUGAACGCUUUUCAGAGAAACGAAUCCAAGGAAACUUUGUUCACUUUUAUUUCUGCAGGAGAUGAUCCUCCCAAAGGAGAUUUCCCUGCUCAGAAAAAAUCCCCGAAACUCUGUGGCUCCAACUACCCCAUAAGCAUUGCCUUUAUUGUGGUGAAUGAGUUCUGUGAGCGCUUCUCCUACUAUGGCAUGAGAGCUGUCCUGACACUGUAUUUUUUAAGCUUCUUCCACUGGGAUGAGAAUCUCUCCACUGCUGUGUACCAUGCCUUUUCUGCGCUGUGUUAUUUCACACCUGUCAUUGGAGCCAUUAUGGCAGACUCCUGGCUGGGGAAAUACAAGACCAUCAUCUACCUCUCCAUUGUGUAUGUGGUUGGCCAUCUGAUAAAGUCAGUCGGUGCAAUUCCAUCCCUAGGCAACCAGGCGGUUCAUGUGAUCCUGUCUAUGGUUGGUCUGUUUUUGAUCGCCCUUGGAACGGGAGGUAUCAAGCCCUGUGUCUCUGCAUUUGGUGGGGACCAGUUUGAAGAGGAACAUACCUCAGAGAGAAGCAAGUUUUUUUCCAUCUUCUAUUUAUCCAUUAAUGCUGGAAGUUUGAUCUCCACGUUUGUAACUCCUGUGUUAAGAGGGGAUGUGAAAUGUUUUGGAGAGGACUGUUACGCACUGGCUUUUGGUGUCCCAGCAGCACUAAUGGUGUUGGCACUUGUUGUGUUCAUUGCUGGAAGUGGACUGUACAGAAAAACACCACCACAAGGGAAUGUCUUACUGGAAGUGUGCAAAUGCAUUGGUUUUGCCAUUAAAAACCGGCUGAAAAACCGCUCUCGUCAGAUUCCAAAGAGGGAUCACUGGCUGGACUGGGCGUCAGAAAAAUACUCAAAGCAGCUGAUUGGGGAGGUUAAAAUGGUGACGCGCGUUCUCUUCCUCUUCAUACCGCUGCCGAUGUUCUGGGCCCUGUUUGAUCAGCAGGGAUCCAGAUGGACUUUGCAAGCCACAAAAAUGAAUGCUGAUUUUGGAAUAUAUGUCCUUCAACCUGACCAAAUGCAGUUCUUAAAUCCACUUCUUAUUCUUGUCUUCAUCCCAGUUUUUGACCUUGGGCUCUACCCCCUGAUAAACAUGUGCAAAUUUAAUUUCACACCUAUUAGGAAAAUGGCAACAGGUAUGAUCCUUGCAGGGAUGGCAUUUGGACUUGCAGCUAUUAUAGAAGUCAAAAUCAGUGAAACUGAUAUGCCUCGGCUCGUCCCAGAAGAAAGUUUAAUUCGGGUCCUGAAUUUGGCAAAGGACCCUGUCCAAGUGACAAUCCAAGACCGGGACCUGUUUCAGCAGCCUGUGGAAGCUUUUCAGAACCCAGCUGAGUACUCAAAAUUAAUAUUGAAUGGAGAGCAACAGAGCCUUCGCUUCACCCUGCAACAUCAAGGAUUGUCUCUUGUUUUUAACCACACCGUGAAGGAAAAAUCAGUAUACAGCUUAGUUGUUUUUGAGGCAGAAGGAAGCCUAUCAAGCCACUUAAUUACUGACUUGGAAGCAAAGCCAGAAAAUGGUUUGGCAGCUGUUAGAUUCAUUAAUGGUUUGAGCCAAGAUGUUAACCUCACCAUUGACAGCAAACAGUUCAUUGCUGUUCAGAAGAACUACAGUGCUUCCCAGUACUUGCUUCUAGAGAGGGACAAGUAUAAUAAUGGAAAAUGCAUAACUGAAAUAGGAGAAUUCACCCUGGAGCUAGGGCUGCUCGACUUUGGCGCCUCAUACACCAUUGUGAUAACUAACAUUUCUGGAGGUGCUGUUAAGACAUGGAAAUCAGAAGACAUCAAAGCCAACAAUGUCCAUAUGGCUUGGCAGUUACCACAGUACUUAUUAAUAUCUGCUGGGGAGGUGAUGUUCUCCAUUACAGGUCUGGCCUUCUCCUAUUCUCAGUCUCCAGCCAGCAUGAAGUCGGUGCUGCAGGCAGGCUGGCUGCUCACAGUGGCUGUUGGGAAUACCCUUGUGCUCGUUGUUGCACAGGCUGCACCAAUGGCACAGUGGGCUGAAUUUGUCUUGUUCACUGUUCUCCUCUUUGCUGUGUGCAUUAUUUUCUCCAUCAUGGGAUAUUUCUAUGUCAGUGUGGAUCCAGAGGACCUAGAAGAAAAGGAAGAGAAGAGAGAGACCUCAAGCAGAGGAAACAUGAUUAGUCUUGUUACUCAAAAAACAAAGCUCUAACACAUGGAUUGGGAUUUUUGUUUUGGUUUCUUCAGUUUUUAACUCAGUAGAUGGGAGAGGAAAAAAAAGGCUGGGGACAAUGUUAUAUUUCAUAGCAUGGCAGUCGUUAUUACUCAAAACAUAGCCACCUUCUAAAUGGGACCACAUAGCCCUUUAUAAAAACAAUGGGGGUCCUGAAAUCAGGGCAAAACUCCUUGGGAAAGCUCCUCUGGUAUUAAAAGCCUUUAUAAGUAAAUACAGUGUAAUUUUAACCCUGCCCCUCUUUUUAAGCAUAGAAUGGUUUGCCAUGAUUUUGUUUUAUAUAUGCCUUUGGGGCAGCAGGGAUAAAAAGUGGAAGGAAUGCCAUAUGACAGCAAAAUCUGGAGGUGCUGGGAUAAAAGAAUGAAAACUCAGUAUUGGAAUUAGGGAAGAAUAGAUGUUACCCGCAGAAGAAGUUUUAAUGCUGUCAUCAAAGACUGCAAGCGUGGCACACAAUCCCAAAGGAUUUCAUCAUGUAACUCUCCUUAUGAGUAUUUUUACCCUGUUAUUGCAUGUUAUGAACUGUCCUGAUUUAUGACGUUCACCUCUGGGCUUGGAAGUAAUAAUGGGGAAUUAAAUUCUGCAGACUAAAUUAUUCCCCAAACACUAGUGAAGAAGAUAUCCAUGCUACCAGCUCUCUGCUACCCAUUUUUCCCUAGGAGUUUUUAGCAACUGAUGAUAUUCUUUGAUUAGACAUGAUUAGAGAAUUAGUUUGUGCUUUCUUACUUCAGAAAUCCAGGCGGCUAUUUGCCAUCUUCCUAUACAUUAAGCCUUUAUUGGGCAUUUCCUUUUACAGCACCUGCCACUGCAAGUUAGGAUCUGUGUGAUUUCUUAUCUCAUGCUUGAGUUGUUCCCCACUGGGAGAUGUGUUGCAGCGGUUUCCAUAACAUUCUGGGCAUCCUGCAGUGGGUUAAACAAGGAUGCACUUCAUCAUUUUUUUGAGCCCAGAAGAGGAGACCAUGACACAGGAGGU